UCACAUGACGCAGCCCAUCAUGGCGGCGGGAGCGCGGCUGCCUGGGCCCGCCGCUCCGCAGGGUGGCUGCUGUUGCUGCUGUUGAGGGGCGGCAGCGGCGCAGACGGGCGGGAAGGAUGAUGAUGCUUCUGCGGCCAGAGCGGCGGAUGCAGACCGGGAACGAGGUUGACGUUUGGCCGAAGAGACGUGUGUCCCGAAGUAGCCGGCGCCGGUGUCGCUGAGGCAGCGCGGAGGACUGACUGACUGAUUGACUGAAGGCGGCGACCCGAGAGCCGGCCCCGGGGGACCGCGCGGUGGACGAGAUGCCGGGGCCGCCGGCGUCCUCGCCGCCGCCGGUGCUGCUGCUGCUGCUGCUCCUGACCGUCGGCAGUGCCCGGGCCGCGCCACUUCCGCAAACAGGUGCCGGGGAAGCGCCUAUUACAGAAGUUCCCUCCCUGUUUGUGAUCCUAUCGGUAUGCAGUUUAAUGAUACUGAUAGUGUUAAUUGCAAACUGUGUUUCCUGCUGUAAGGACCCAGAAAUAGACUUUAAGGAAUUUGAAGAUAAUUUUGAUGAUGAGAUAGAUUUCACACCACCAGCAGAAGACACCCCCUCCAUCCAAUCCCCAGCAGAAGUCUUCACACUCUCAGUGCCAAAUAUUUCACUCCCAGCUCCAUCCCAGUUCCAGUCUUCUGUGGAAGGUGUGAAGUCUCAAGUUGCCCGACACAGUCUAAACUAUAUACAGGAAAUUGGAAGUGGCUGGUUUGGAAAGGUCCUCCUGGGAGAGACUUACACGGGUACCAGUGUAGCAAGAGUCAUAGUGAAGGAGUUAAAAGCAAGUGCAAGCCCGAAGGAACAAGAUACUUUCCUGAAAAAUGGAGAACCUUACUAUAUUCUUCAGCAUCCGAAUGUUCUUCAGUGUGUUGGGCAGUGUGUGGAAGCAAUUCCUUACCUUCUGGUAUUUGAGUUCUGCGACCUGGGCGACCUGAAGGCUUACCUGCGCAAUGAGCAAGAGCAUGUGCGGGGCGAUUCACAGACCAUGCUGCUGCAGAGGAUGGCGUGUGAGAUUGCCGCCGGGUUGGCAGCCAUGCACAAACUGCACUUCCUUCACAGUGAUCUGGCCCUACGGAAUUGUUUUCUCACCUCCGACUUAAAUGUCAAAGUGGGCGACUAUGGGAUCGGAUUCAGCAGAUACAAGGAGGAUUACAUUGAAACCGAUGACAAAAAAAUUUUCCCCCUGAGAUGGACUGCUCCAGAAUUAGUGACCAGCUUUCAAGACAGACUCUUGACUGCAGAUCAGACAAAAUACAGUAAUAUCUGGUCAUUGGGUGUGACCCUUUGGGAACUCUUCAGUAAUGCUGCUCAGCCUUAUGUAAACCUUUCCGACCUGGAUGUUCUCAAUCAAGUCAUUAGAGAGAGGGACAUGAAACUCCCAAAGCCCCAGCUGGAGCAGCCCUAUUCUGAUAGAUGGUAUGAAGUGUUACAGUUCUGCUGGCUGGCUCCUGACAGGAGGCCAGCUGCAGAAGAUGUGCACCGACUGCUCACUUACCUGCGGAUGCAGAGCCAGCGGGACUCAGAGGUGGACUUUGAACAGCAGUGGACCGCUCUCAAGCCAAACACCAGCAGCAGGGACACAUCAAGUAGUGCUGCAUUCCCCAUCCUUGACCACUUUGCCCGGGACCGGCUAGGUCGGGAGAUGGAGGAGGUCCUCACAGUGACUGAGACCAGCCAGGGACUGAGCUUUGAGUAUGUGUGGGAAGCUGCCAAGCAUGACCACUUUGAUGAGCGAGGCCAGGGCCACCCAGAUGAAGCCUUGUCUUACUCUAGCAUGUUCUUCCCCGUUGAAGUGUUUGAGAGUUCACUUUCAGAUCCUGGCCCUGGGAAACAAGAUGACAGUGGCCAAGAGGUACCCCCGAGGGCCCCUGGGGUGGUUCCUGUGUUUGACGCCCACAACCUCUCUGUUGGAAGUGACUAUUACAUCCAGUUGGAAGAGAAAAGCCGUAGUAAUUUAGGGCUGGAUUAUCCACCUGCUCUGCUCACAACUGAAGUGGAUAAUCCAGAAAGGGUUGGAGCUGAGGCACCCCAGCCUACAGCCCUCAAGAACCUCUUGUCUGAGGAGCCCAAUUCAGGUGACAGUUUCUUCCAGAGCAGUGCUCACCCCAAAGAACCCAGCUCUUCUGAGGGCUCACAUGCUGCCAGCAUCCCUGGGAGCCCUUUCAACAUAUUCAGUGACCUUGACAAAGCAGAUGACCUGUCCAGUCACCAGAAAAUAUUUGACCUAAUGGAACUAAAUGGAGUUCAAGCUGACUUUAAACCAGCCGCCUUGAGUUCAAGCCUGGAUGACCCCAAAGACACCUGCCACUCCAACAAAGAAAAGUCACAUAAGCUUUUCGACCAGAGCCCUGUGUGUUUAACAGAAAGUCUUUUGCACCAAGAUCACUUUGAUCCACUGAGUGUUCAAGAAUUGUCAGAAAACUUUUUAUUUCUUCAGGAGAAAAACCUACUGAAAGGCUCGCUGCCCAGCAAGGAGCCAGUGAAUGAUCUUCAAACAGAACUUAAGAAUGCAGGUUUUACCUCAGCACUGUUAGAUUCACCCCAGAGAGGCUCUCAGGGUUCUGAAGUUGCGUUUCCUGAGAAUACACUAGACCUUCCUCUGUCACAGGAAAACCUGAGUGGAGAGAAUGAAGGUACAGGGGUCACACUUCAGGGUAGUACACCACCACAGGCCUCCCCAGAAGUGCAGAUACCUCUGGCCUCACUCACAGAGGAAGCAUCUCCUAAUGUCCCCUUAGAUACAGUUCUGAGACCAGGAGAGACCAAAUCCUUUGUAGAUGUCAGAGUCCCUGAGGACUCCAUUUGCCUGGAUCUAAGUUCCAACCCCAUGACUGCCCCAAAUGAAAUUCCUUCUACUGAUGCCAAGACUCAUGAUGAGGACACUAGACCCCCUGACAUGACUUGCCAAAGCAAGGAGGCCUUGAACAUAACCAAAAGAGAUUCCAUCCUUGUGAAUGAUGGUCUUGCUGGUCAGGGUAGCAUGGGGACUAGUCUUCCAGAAUCUAGACAGGAUUUACAAAACCAGCCAUUUUCAGAAGACCUCCUUAGUGGCAGCAUACUGGAGAGAAGCUCGGUAGCCGUGGAGACAGCAAGUCAGCUUAAUUACAAGGCUGCCCCCAAAGAUGCUGCCUCUGCCCUUUCCUCGGACUCCACCAGCCAAGACAGCCUCUUAGAAGACAGUUUGUCAACACCCAUCCCCACCUCAGAGCAGUCUGUGGAGACACCAGACUCCCUGGAUUCAGUAGAUGUCCAUGAAGCAUUACUAGAGUCCCUUAGCUCUCAUACCCCUCAGAAACUCUUGCCCCCUGAUAAGCCCGCAGACAGUGGUUAUGAAACAGAGAACCUGGAGUCUCCUGAGUGGACCCUGCAUCCUGCACCUGAGGGUGCUACUGAUUCAGACACGAUUGCAGCAGGUGACAGUGGCCAAAACAGUUUGCCUCCCAACCCGGUCAUUGUCAUCUCAGAUGCAGGCGAUGGCCACAGGGGUGCUGAAGGUCCCUCUCAGGGCUUUACACUUGGCACCCAGAGUUCGUAUCGAGACUCUGCAUACUUUUCAGACAAUGACUCAGAGCCAGAUAAAAAGCCUGAGGAGGUCCCAGCAUCAUCUGCCUCUGCCUUGGCCUUGGUAAAAGACCAGUCCCCACCUGAGCCUGCUGUCCCAGAGGAAAACUCUGACAUCGGAGACAGCUGUAUGGAAGCCCCACAGAGCAAGCCAGAUCAAAACGAGGUGCCUGCUGUACAGAAUUCUUGUCACUCAGAGUUACAAGAAAUGUUGCAGCCCACACCAGCUGAUGAUUCCAGAGAGACAUUUCCUGUGGAUGAUGAGGCCAGCAGCGCCUUGAGUUUGUUGAAUUCAGAACUUAGCAGCUGUGAUGACUUGGAGACACAGGAAGAUCGCCCGUGCACCCUGGCCUCUACCGGCACCAACACCAAUGAACUCCUUGCAUACACAAGUUCCACACUGGAUAAAUCCGUGUCCAGUCCCUUCGAGGGCCCCAAACUUAAGGAGCCAGACAUUGAAGGGAAAUACCUGGGCAAACUCUGCGUGUCUGGGAUGCUGGACCUCUCGGAGGAUGGGAUGGAUGCUGAUGAGGAAGAUGAGAACAGUGAUGACUCAGACGAGGACCUGCGGGCCUUCAACUUACACAGCCUUAGUUCCGAGUCAGAAGACGACACAGAGCACCCCGUGCCCAUUAUUGUCAGUAAUGAUGAUGGCCUACACUUGCGGAGUUUGCUGAAACCCUCAGCCACUGAGGCUCCUGAGCAGCUGCCAGAUGACUGGAAGAAGGAAAAGAAGGCAGUGACAUUUUUUGAUGAUGUCACUGUUUACCUGUUUGACCAGGAAACUCCCACCAAAGAGCUGGGGCACUGCGGAGGAGAAGCACAUGGUCCUGGGCCCAGCAGCCCAGCAGCAUCCUCGGGCUCACCCUACCUGGGCAGGUGCAUGAAUUCGGAGAGCUCCACAGAUGAAGAAGGUGGAGGCUUUGAAUGGGAUGACGACUUCUCCCCAGAUCCUUUCAUGUCAAAAACAAGCCUUCUGGGCUCCAAGCCUUCUCUUCAAAGCUCCAAAUACUUUUCUCCCCCACCACCGACCAGGAGUGCAGAGCAGAGCUGGCCACAUGUGUCUCCCUGCUCCAGGUUCUCCAUCUCUCCUGCCAACAUUGCCAGCUUCUCUCUCACACACCUCACGGACUCGGACAUUGAACAAGGAGGCAGCAGUGAGGAUGGAGAGAAGGAUUAGGCGGCUGUGGACACUCUCCCUGCCCAAGCAGUGUUCCUGCACAUCCAUCUGAGCAACGACAUCGACUCCUUGGUGACUGGCACCAGACAGAGAAAGGCUCAGGAGUGACGGGGAGCCGGGCCACCGGGCCAGGAAGCCAGCACCCUCUGCAGCCCUCGCCGGCAUUCUCACGCACUAGAAGCGCUCUGUGCUAGGCAUCCUGUUAAGGUGGCCUCACUGCCACACAUCUUUGGCGCAUGAAUGUUGGGGGACCUGUGCACCCCAGGUCAUGGGUCUGCUUUCUGUGUGGGUGUCUUCCCCACCACACCUGUGCCUCUAGUUUGGGCACAGGUGCCACAAAGGGGUUUACCAGGGGAAUGGGCACAAGCCAGCCAUAUUUAUUGUUUGUAAGGAAAUCACUAAUUGCUCUCUGACUGCACUGUGGGUGAGUGUUUGAGCUCCCAAUAUUGUACAGCAUCAUAAAUUAUACAAGGAAAACAUGGCAGGCCAAGAUGGUGCUGUCCACUGGUUUGAUCUCUCCCCCCACCCCUGUCUUCUCCCAUGUUUGCCCUGCAUGGUACUGUAAAGCUUCGAUAUUUUGAGUGUUGUGUCUUGAGACCUGUGGGAACUGUACACAGGUACUCUUUUCCAGGCCAUGCUGACUUUGGUGUUUGUGUUCUAUGUUUCUAGAGAAAAUAUUUUUGAUGAGUUCAAACUGCUGCUUUGUUUUAUUGACUGCAUCAAGCAUGUUUCUGUAUAAGGUGGAUGCUCUCUGAGCAGCCCACCCUGCCUCUUGUGUUUUUAAAUCCUCUUGGUAGAAAUCCAAUAAGAGAUGCACCCAGAACUCAGGGCCCAGGGCCAUUUUCUGGUGUGGCAGGUGAGGCCCACACCACUUCCUCUCCACAGAGGCCAGUCUGCAAGAGAUGUCAUAUGUCUGAGGCCCUGAGGCCCUACAAAGAACUGUGGGUGCAAAGAGCAGUGUGUCCACUGCGGGUGCUGCUGAGAGCUGUUUCAAAUGUCUGGGAUUGGGGCUUCUCAUUCCAGGCCACAGCACCCAGGUGACAGGCAGCAUCCUGGACCUGCCUGUAACUGCAAAGAGGAGGACAGGGACCUCGGCAUGGCCUCCUGGCUGGCCUGGGAAACCCACGCAUGCUGCCCCUUCUGUAUCAAGCACCCAGCUCUCCUCAUAUUCUGAAAGGGAUCUCGAGUCUUCAGCAUAGCCUCAGUACAUCACCGAAAGAAUCUGGUGUCCCCAGCACAAGGCUGGACUUGCUCUGCUGCCAGGAGUCCUGCUUUAACAUAAGGAAGAGUCUGUGGCUAGUGCCAUGGCAAGGCCAUGUUGAGCAGGAACUGCACCUGUUGGGGUGGCUCUUCUUACAUGGGCUGCUCAUCCCAAAUACUUCUGGUGCUGACCCCACUAUACAGACUACAGUGAAACAUUGGGGUGAGUCUCCAGGCCCUGGCGGGACAUCGUGAUGUCAAUCAGAGGGACUUGGACCCUCCUCCUACAGAGUUCAAGUGUGGAUGUCAGCUUGAGUUUACGUAGCAAAUUAUGAUCUUUAUUAUCAACUCUGAUUCAAUCCAUGAAUUUUUAUACUAAGCAAUAUCGUUAUGAUCAGCAGAGGACAGUUGAGAGCAGAGAGUCUCGUUUCCCCAUAUUUGGUGCAGACCUAGUACGACUGGGAUCUGUAGAAAGCACUGGAUCUUGUGACGUGUAGAUUACAAACAGGGCAUUUGAAAGUAAUUUUGCCAAAAUUGUCAUAACUGAAUUUUUUGCUAUGUGGACUUUCUGAUUUUUUUUUAAUUCUUACCUCUAUCUACCAGUCUUAGUUGAGAAAGAGAGAAGCAAUUAUAAUAAGAUUUUUUUCAAAUUAUAGAUGUAAUAAGUUCAGAUUCACUGAUUGCAAUCAUGUGGAUCUAUAGACUAUAUAUAGCCUUCUUACGAAGUCAACCUGGGAUAGAUUUAUUGAUGUCUGAGGGCUGGCCAUCUUCCACCAUGUUGAAAGGAUUUUAAUAAUACAGUUCCCAUUUAUAUUUAUAUCUAUAUCGCUCUCAUCGUUAAUUGCCAAAACAGCAACAUUUUAUAUAUUCAGUUGGGAGUUGGGGUGGGGGUGGGGAUGGGGUUGGUCUUUCUGUGGCAUCGCAUGGAAGGGAAGGCUUUUUAUAAAACACUUGUCAACACACCCUCCCAGAGUCUCAAGCAAUAUACAGAAAUCUCCAUAGAUUAAACUUCUGCCAUUUUUGAAAUGUGAGCAUGUGCUUUGCCAUCUGAUAUGGGUUUUGUUUUUGGUUUUGUUUUGUUUUGUUUUUGUGUUUGACUUUCUCAAGACAGGGUUUCUCUGUGUAGCCCUGGCUGCCCUAAAACUCACUCUGUAGACCAGGCUGGUCUCUAACUCACAGAGAUCCGCCUGCCUCUGCCUCCCGAGUGCUGCCACCACACCCAGCUGGUUUUGUUGUUUUUAAUGAUAAUUUGGUUGCUGUUGGUGGGCUUUCCAAACUUGCCCUGUAGUUGGCAUGGGGUGGGCUCAGUAAUUCUUUUCCUGCCCUCCCUUGAGUGCCCAUCCUCACCUACCAAACUGGAACCUAAUAAAAAUAAUGAGCCCUCCAUGUCCCUCUUUGAUAACCUCCAUUUGUUAUACGUUUACCAGUCGUAAGUCAGAAAGGAAAAAGUAGUUUCCUUCCUGUGAGACCCGACUCUGUCUGGGCCAGAAGUCAGUCAUCGAAAGACUGAAGUUGUGAACAGCCUCCCUUCUAUCUCCAAAUGUACAGGUUUUUAGAAAGAUGGGUUUAUCCAAGGAAGUCUGUCACCCUGCUGUGAAAUACCCUUUGAACCCCCUCCCCCAUAUUUCUCAUAGGGUAUCUGUAGAAUUAGUGACAUAUUGCACGUUUGUCCCCAAGGCUGGGGAAGAAAGCAGGCAGCUCCUCACCUCCCCCUCAGCCCAUCACCUGGAAACUCAGGUGCAACCAAGUGUCAGGUUCUGUGUGCCACGCUUCAGAGCACCCACCUCGAGGGAAGUCACCUUCCCGUAAGAAUGGGUAGACACAGUCACUUCCAACAUACAUCCCACUAUCCCCUAAGUAGCAGACAGGGUGGUGCAAUCUUGGCUGUUAGGAAACUCCGUUUAACUUAUAAAUAAGUUUGUAAGAAGCGCUGACAGUAUUGUGUCACCCACAACCAUCCCAGUGGUUGAACAUGUGGUGUUUGGUUGCUAAAGCCUACACAGCGAGCCUGGGUCUUGAUGACCAGACUUGUGCAUGUAUCCACGGUUUCAUUGCGUCCACAACCAGAGACCUGGGUGGGGCAGUCACACCCACCAGGCCUGCCAUCUAUUGGGUUGUACUUAACACAGUCAGAAGGGGUUCAUGGCAAUAUAACAGUUAACGAACUUGGAGUUUAAAUUGUGUACAUUUUUAAAUUGUAAGAUUUUUACUGUAUAUUGAAGCUUAGUGUGAUUCAAUAAAUUGCUUGUAAUUUAAAACUAUUUAAUAUUCAAAAUAAAUAUAGUUAUAUAUUUAUAAA